GUAUGAGCCCAUGUACGCAUGCGUCGUGGUUUCGCUGCUGCAGAGCGUUCGCGUUCCACGGUCGCGGAGGAAGCCGACGCUGCCAAGGAAACACACAUGCAGACUUAAGGGAAUCCAGAUUUCAGCAUCGUCGUCCAUUCCCUUGACUUCGAUAAUUCACCGGUAGUGAUGGUAGCGCGCAGUAACGCAUUUGACCUAUAGAUCUAUUCCACGCGCGAUGUCUAAAUAGCUGCCAAAUAAUACAGGCAACGAGAGGAGGUCAAAUAAAUCAAAUAAAAAGUAAAGGGAAAGACAAACCAGCGGUGAGUGUGUGUGUAGGGCGCCGCCGCCAUGCCGCUGGUGAAGAGAUGCAUCGAGCCCAGGCACCUGUGCCGUGGAGCCGUGCCGGAUGGGGUCACCAGCGAGCUGGAGUGUGUCACUAACAGCACCCUGGCAGCCAUCAUCAAACAGUUGGGGGGCCUGAGUCGACAUGCAGAGGACAUCUUCGGGGAGCUGUUCAACGAGGCCAACAGCUUCUACAUGAGAAUGAACAGCCUCCAGGAGAGAGUGGACCUGCUGGCUGUCAAAGUCACCCAGCUGGACUCCACUGUGGAGGAGGUUUCGCUGCAGGACAUCAACAUGCGGAAGGCUUUCAAGAGCUCCACCAUCCAGGACCAGCAGGUGGUGUCCAGGAACUCCAUCCUCAACCCCGUCAUGGAGAUGUACCAUCGCUGUGACAAACCUCCACCCCUCAACAUCCUCAGCCCCUACAGGGAUGACAAAAAGGAUGGCCUGAAGUUCUACACAGACCCAUCCUACUUCUUUAACCUGUGGAAGGAGAAGAUGAUCCAAGCAACAGAAAACAAGCGGAAGGAGAAGAGGAAGCAGAAGGCGGGUGACAAGGAGCAGAAACAGGUGGAGGACCCCAGCCGGGAGGUGAAGAAGGUGAGGAAGGCCCGGAACCGCCGUCAGGAGUGGAACAUGAUGGCCUACGACAAGGAGUUCCGUCCAGACACCCGCCUCACGCCUUCACCCUACCAUGGCAUGUCCUCUGAGGGAUCCCUCUCUCCAGACAGGUCUGGUAUGUCUGAUGAACAGUCCUACCCUGCCAGCCCUAACCACCCACCCCAGGAGGGAGUUGUGCUGGGUCCUGAUGGGAAGGAGCACCUAACAGGCCCCAACCAGACCCAGUCCCUGGACCGGGCCUACCGCCCCCCUGCUGCUGCUACCACUGCAGCUCAAGGCCGCCAGCAUUCCCUGGGCCGCAUGCAGCCCCACCACGGACCCACACCUGCAGACCCAUCCCUGAACGGACCCCGGCCCGCAGCUUCCAAAGAGGCCAGCGGUCACCAGAUGCCAGAGCACUUUAUCCCUCCGGCCCCGCCCCCACCUCCUCCCCUCAUCCCCUCAGCCCAGACGGCCUUUGACAGCAAAACAGGGCCUCCCACCCUGGCCCCUGGCACAGUGGCCACCCUGUCCCGCCCCUACAGCCCCUCACCCCCUCCGCCCCCACCCGCUGGCUAUGUCCCCUCUCCAUCUCACCCUGUCACUGGAGGACCUCCUGUUGCCCCUCCUCCACCCCCACCUGGUGGCCCCCCAACAUUCGCUCCCUCUCCAGCCCAUGCCAUACACCCCUCUGGGGGAACACUGCCAAGGAAGGGCAAGGUGCUAGGCAUCCCGAUAAGUGACGCACGCAGCGACCUGCUGUCAGCCAUCCGCAGAGGCAUCCAGUUGAGGAAGGUGCAGGAGCAGCGUGAGCAGGAAGCCAAGAAGGAGCCAGUGGGGAACGACGUGGCCACCAUCCUGUCCCGACGCAUCGCAGUGGAGUACAGCGAAUCAGAUGAGGACUCGGAGCCUGAGGAGAACGAGUGGUCAGACUGAGACGGAGCAGAGGGCUUAGGCUUACUUUACUUACCUACAGAGUGCUGCUAUUCCAAUAACAGGAAACACACACACACACACACACACACAGUCAUCGCACACUACGUCUCGAUAGACCUCUUGUUAGAGGAAGUAGAUGAGAAAGUAGAUGAGGAGACGCUUACACAGUAUGACAGUAUCCAUUAUCUAGUCAGAUAUGGGCUGGGAGGAAACCACAGUGGAUCUGGAGCUGGGGGGGUGGGGGGGGGGGG